UGUUUCCGGGGGUCAGUUUUUCGGCAAAAUUGGUGGAGAACGGGGUCAGAAAAACAGAACGUCGGUCUAAGCGGCCAAAAACUAAGUUCGACGGAAGAGUUCGACGAUUUACAGCGAAAAUCCCCCGAGAAGCAAGUUUCCCUGCCCCCUGCUUCAAUCAACGUGGCUGGGCAGACAUUUCUCGAGCUGAGUCGAUUGGCAAUCAUGGCUGGCGAAGCCAAAGAGGAGGUUGUGCAUCAACCGGAGAGCACCGAGCAAAAUCAUACCGGCCAGGGCGGCAUCGUCGAUCCGGAAUGCCUCAUCAAGCAUCCGCUGCAAUUCCAGUGGACGCUCUGGUAUCAGGAACCGGAUAAGAACAAGUCGGGGGGAGACAGCCUGAACGAGGUGGCCACCGUCGGUACCGUGGAGGAUUUCUGGAAAUACAACCACAUCAAGAGCCCGUUGGACCUGAAGACCGGGGGCGAUUAUUCGUCGUUCAAGCAGGGCCUUCGCCCCACGUGGGAAGACGAGAAAAAUUUCCGCGGCGGCCGGUGGGUGAUCAACGUUGGCGAGGUUUUCGAUAACCCUGAAGAAAUUUGCGGUGCCGUCGUGAAUGUUCGCCAGAAGAUGGAUAAAAUUGCGAUUUGGACCUCCACUGUCAUGAACCGGGACGCGCCGAUGCAGGAGAAAGCUCCCACAGUCCACGAAAAACUGAAAAGAAAAAAAAAGAAAAAGAACUGGUCCUGUCAUCGAUGUUUCCGGGGGUCAGUUUUUCGGCAAAAUUGGUGGAGAACGGGGUCAGAAAAACAGAACGUCGGUCUAAGCGGCCAAAAACUAAGUUCGACGGAAGAGUUCGACGAUUUACAGCGAAAAUCCCCCGAGAAGCAAGUUUCCCUGCCCCCUGCUUCAAUCAACGUGGCUGGGCAGACAUUUCUCGAGCUGAGUCGAUUGGCAAUCAUGGCUGGCGAAGCCAAAGAGGAGGUUGUGCAUCAACCGGAGAGCACCGAGCAAAAUCAUACCGGCCAGGGCGGCAUCGUCGAUCCGGAAUGCCUCAUCAAGCAUCCGCUGCAAUUCCAGUGGACGCUCUGGUAUCAGGAACCGGAUAAGAACAAGUCGGGGGGAGACAGCCUGAACGAGGUGGCCACCGUCGGUACCGUGGAGGAUUUCUGGAAAUACAACCACAUCAAGAGCCCGUCGGACCUGAAGACCGGGGGCGAUUAUUCGUCGUUCAAGCAGGGCCUUCGCCCCAUGUGGGAAGACGAGAAAAAUUUCCGCGGCGGCCGGUGGGUGAUCAACGUUGGCGAGGUUUUCGAUAACCCUGAAGAAAUUUGCGGUGCCGUCGUGAAUGUUCACCAGAAGAUGGAUAAAAUUGCGAUUUGGACCUCCACUGUCAUGAACCGGGACGCGCCGAUGCAGGAGAAAGCUGUAAGUCGAUUUUUUGCCACGUCCGAACAAUAAUUGUAAUGAGGGAGGUCGGGUAAAUUUGUUGCCAGAAAAUUAAAACGCAAAACUAAACUUGA